GCAAAGCUAACAUGUGCAGUUGUGUCGUGUCAGAGGAUUUACACAUGUAAACACGUUGAUCGGGUGGAAAGACGAAUUAUUUUCAAUCUCACAAUAAGACCACUGCGCUUAAUUGGCUGCAGUCCAGCAUUCUGCUGCUGUCUGCGGCAAAGUUUACCGAGCUGCACACAAAAGAGGCGAAGACGGUUGCAGAGAUAAAGAGGAAGACUGACAGACUGUUAUAGUGUGACUGACAGUAAAGCAUUGAGUCAGGCAGGUGUUUGCGAUGGGAACUUCAUGCCUCAGCUGUCCUUGCGUGACACAAUCACUCUUCCCUUAAGUCAUUCCAUGCGGUUUGGCAAGCAGGUAUUUUGUCUAAAAACAAGUCAAGCGGCUGAGUCUGUGGGAUGAAAGCACAAAAAAAGCAAAAAAGGAGGAACAAAUAACCAUGCUGAAGAAUGACGAGCUGGUCUAUAUUGGCCUGGAGCUGGUGAUCGCUUUCCUGUCUGUGGCUGGGAACAUCCUGGUCUGCUGGGCCGUCUGCCUCAACUCCAACCUGCAGAGCAUCACCAACUUCUUUGUGGUGUCACUGGCAGUGGCUGAUAUUGCUGUUGGGCUGCUGGCAAUUCCCUUUGCUAUCACUAUAAGUACCGGAUUCUGUGCCAACUUCUUCGGCUGCCUGUUCAUCGCUUGCUUCGUCCUCAUACUCACCCAGAGCUCCAUCUUCAGCCUGCUGGCCAUCGCUGUAGACCGCUACAUCGCUAUCAAGAACCCGCUCAGGUACAACAGCCUGGUGACGGGGCAGAGGGCAAAGGGCAUCAUUGCAUUGUGCUGGGUUCUCUCAGUAGGCAUCGGCCUGACUCCGAUGCUGGGCUGGAACAGAGGUUGGAACAGCACCGCCGCAGCCAGCAGCAAACGCUGCCCUGAAGGCUUGACGGUGUGCCUGUUUGAAGGAGUGGUUACGAUGGACUACAUGAUCUAUUUCAAUUUCUUCGGCUGUGUGCUGGUUCCCUUGCUGGUCAUGCUGGUCAUCUAUGCCAAUAUCUUCAUGGCUGCCCGGCACCAGCUCCGACUGAUGGGGCUCAAAGUCGCUCACACCCCUGCUCCCGGAGAAAUUUCCUCACCGUCAAGCCCGUCUCGAUCCACCCUGCAGAAGGAGGUGCGUGCUGCCAAAUCGCUGGCCACCAUCGUGGGUUUCUUUGCUCUGUGUUGGCUUCCGCUGCACAUCCUUAACUGUUUCAACCACCUGUGUCAGGACUGCGGCCGUGCACAUAUCUGGUUGAUGAACAUUGCCAUCAUCCUCUCCCAUGCUAACUCUGUUGUGAAUCCCUUCAUCUAUGCUUAUCACAUUCGGGAGUUCAGACAGACCUUUCGGAGGAUCCUGUACCAGCACAUCCUAGGGCAGAGGGAUGGACAUGGGUUUAGGGCUAGGAGUGGUAAUGUCGGAGGUGUCGUGAGCAGCACCAUGAUGCGCACUUCCUCCCGUACCAGUAAAGAGGGUUCAUCGUGUGGCACAGUAGUGAAUAGCUACAUCCUGGACCCCAGUCCUGAACAUUCUCAAUCACAAGCAGCUCACAAAGCCUCUUGCCAAUGGACAACAAAGUUAGACGCUGCACCAAGCAGCUACAAACCCAACGGACACCAAAAAAACGGUAGCACCGUUCCAGCGAUGCAGCAGCAGCAUCAAUGCAUCAUGGGCUUUGCUGCUCAGGAUGAAGUCGAGUCUGUGACAGCAACAGAUGUGUUGGAGGUGAAAGACAGUGGUAGUUGCAUUUCUUUUGUGAAUGUUCACGCUCUAUCUCUAAAACAGACCGACUAUGAUGCUCAACAGAGCUUACAGAAGUGUCAUGACAAAGAUAUUUAGGUAUUUAAAAACGAUAUAUACACUAUGACCAUAAAACAUAUAACAGUUUGCAAACAUGACAACAUGAAGAAGGAUUAAUGAAGCCUCAUUAAAUCGACAGCAAAUGUUUCUAUUUCUGAAGUCACAUAAACUGGUUGCAGGGAAUAUAUUGGCCUGCUUUAUUACUUUUUCUCAUCAACCAUCUCCGUGUUGGAUCAGAUUUACAAGCGCACACCAGAAUUUGUCAAAAGAGUAAGCUGCUAAUAACAUCUUAUUGACAUGGAGUAUAAAAACAUCUAUGUCCUUUCUCAAGAUAAAUGUGCAUUUUUUAGGUUGCAUGCCUUUCAAACAAUGUGCAUUUUAGAAAAAAAUGCUUUAUCAACUGUACUAUAUCUCGCAAUGCUUUUGUAGGAGACAAUACAUUUUUUAACUGCUUUUUUUAUAAUGUUGCAUAACAAUUUGUAAUGUUCAUCUGUAUUGUUUUUAUUCACUGGAGAAUUAAAAGUCUUAACGUAACAUUCUGCUGCACAACUACAUGAACCAUAACCAAGAAGAGCAGGAAAUAAUGGUCUGAAUAUCAUAAACCACAGUCCUCACAGACAGCUUGUGGGAAACAAUGAUACUGUUUAAAGUCGAGCAUUCGGGCAUGCACAAUCUCUUGUGUAAAGAUCUAUCAAAAAGUCAUUUCUCAAAGUGCUGGAUAGCUACUUAACAUUUGAUGUCGCUAGUUUGAUCAUGGAUUUGAUAACUGCCAAGCAACACAGGUCCGUUGCCGGUUCAACAACUAUGAGACAAAUGCGUCAAAGGAACCCAAUAUAUACAGGUGAGUUACCAACCAUCCAAAACAAAGAGCUAAUUUGACUUAUUCAAACAUUACUCCAUAUGCCUGAAGUCUGGCUUGUUUCAGAGUCAGUCUUGCACAAAUAGACAGCAUGAAAAACCCACGCAUACACACACACACGUUAAGUACAUACACAUGACCGCAGACUACUCAGCAAGAGGUGUUUACAGAGUGGCUUGGCUGCUGACGCCAGUCAAUGAGCCUAAUGCAAUGGAAAUCAAAUGAAGGUUCAUUUGACGAUGUCUUUUAUUAUGCCAUUACGCUUUCUCUUUCCUCAUUAAAAAGCCCUUCCAUUGUGGGAAAGGCCUGCAUUAAGCAACAUUUACGUGCCUUGAGGCAAUCCGAGAGACAU